CUCCCCCCUCCGUUUUUCUAAACCAUGACCUCAUCGCGUUCACCAGUUCAGGAAAGUGCUUUAAGGGUACCUUUGGUACCCACCCCCGCAUCCCUUUCAACCAAACACAUGCAGAUCUUCGCUAGCCGUGAACAUAUCAUAGCUGAUUGACUUUACUGCGCACCCCUCCUUCACCUAAAAACUCAAUGCUCAUCUGCGGCUCCCUCCUGGCGCUGUCAGCCGCUGUCAGCUGUCCUGUGCCGCGGUACGCGGCCACCCACGAGCGGCCGCACUCAUGACGACCCCGCCGCUCUCCCCUCUCGUCACACGGACUCCAUUCAGAGGCCGCCAGACACACACCGGAUAAAGACGAGGCAAAAUGAAUCCCUCAACACCUGCCUCCAUUGUGCCCUUCAUCCUCUGACGCUGCCUUCUUUUGCGCAUCUUUUCCUCCUCUUGUGCCACUCCUCAUCCACACCUUCAUCUUUGGCCCAGAGGGACCACAGCACUCCUCCUCCAUCAUGGCAGGGGAGAAAGGCCCAAUGAGGCGAAGUUCCAUGGACAUCAAGCGCCUGGCGAGCCUAAUCCAGAGAGGGACAGGUCGCUUGCUGGUGAUAGACAGCAGGACGUUUUCCGAGUACAAUGCUUCUCACGUGCAGGGAGCAGUCAACGUUUGCUGCUCCAAGCUUGUGAAGAGACGGCUGCAGCAAGACAAGGUCUCUGUCACCGAACUACUGCAGCCCAAUGGCAAAAUAAAGGUGGAGUUGGGCAGGAAGCAGGAAGUGGUGGUUUAUGACCAGAGUUCCAAAGAAGCUGGCCAUCUGUCCAAAGACGGCUUCAUGCACAUUCUCAUGGGGAAGUUGGAGGGCACUUUCCACAAAGUUUCCCUGCUUACUGGAGGCUUUGCUGCGUUCUCCUCCUGCUUCCCCGGCCUGUGUGAAGGGAAGCCAGCCACUGCUCUUCCUAUGAGCUUGUCCCAGCCCUGCUUGCCUGUGGCAAAUGUUGGGCCCACUCGCAUCCUGCCACACCUGUACCUGGGUUCACAGAAAGAUGUUCUCAAUAAGGAGCUGAUGGCUCAGAAUGGUAUCACAUAUGUGCUAAAUGCCAGCAACACCUGCCCCAAGCCAGACUUCAUCAGCGAGAGUCACUUCAUGCGCAUCCCAGUUAACGACAACUACUGUGAAAAAUUGCUACCUUGGCUUGACAAGACAAAUGAAUUCAUCGACAAAGCUAAGGUGUCAAACUGCAGAGUGAUUGUUCACUGUUUGGCUGGAAUCUCGCGUUCGGCGACCAUCGCCAUUGCAUACAUCAUGAAGACAAUGGGCCUGUCAUCAGAUGAUGCCUACAGGUUUGUAAAGGACCGAAGACCAUCUAUAUCCCCCAACUUUAACUUCCUGGGUCAGUUGCUGGAGUUCGAGAAAGGUUUGCGACUACUCCAGGCAUUAACUUCAAGCUCUGAUGACAAGAUUCUUGAAGUCCACUCCAAGCAAAAUUCCGAUUUAAAUGGUGUCACCAAGUUUUUCGAGAUGAAUGGUCACCACAAUAACUAUGACUCAUCUGUGGUCGAGCCACAAAACCCACCAGAGCCCAAGGUGCCAUCACCUACUUCUCUCCAGCAAGGUUUCAACGGCUUGCACCUCUCUGCGGAGAGGAUCGUGGACACGAAUCGUCUGAAACGCUCCUUCUCAUUGGACAUUAAAUCUGUGUACUCCUCUCCCAGUCCGCACUCUGUUCCAAUGGCACCGAUACACUCUGAAGAUGUCCCCAAGCUGUGCAAACUGGACAGCCCUGAAACAGCCACCUCCAAUGGUGUCUGCUCACAGUCACCCCUCCUGGACAGUCCCUGCUUCUCUGACUCCCCCUUCCCUUCACCAAGCACCGUGGGAAGCAUUGAAGGUUUGGGGCAAGGAGGAAGCGAGGGGGUCCAUCGACCUGGUUCGUCAGCAUCCAGACCCAGAAGAAAAGGCAAGCAUAGCUCAGGCAGUUCACCGGUCCAUUUCCAACAACAUCCGCCACAGUCCCUCAACCUGUCUCUUGACCACAAAGAUGAGAACUUGAAAAGUUCCCUGCUUCUGACACUGCCCUCUCUGCCUUCCAUUGGAUCUGGGGCCAUGUGGACAAAACAUAGAGACACUGUCCAGGCUACCACGCCUGUUACUCCCGUGACCCCCACCACCGAUGCCCCCUGGCACUUUGGGGCAGAGGAGGGGGGUGAUAUGGACCUGGACGGCGGUGGCGGCAGAGGAGGAACAGAGUCGUCCGUGAGAUUCGGUAGCAGCUCAGCAUACCUGGCAUUCGGAUGUAGCGAAGAGGUGCGGUUACGAGACAAAGCACCGAAGGAGAAACCCCCAAUGCCACAACGAGAAAAGCGAGACUUCACGUCAUCCGGCACCACAAACAACAGUAGCUCGGCCACAGAGAAGCAGUUUAAGCGCCGCAGCUGUCAGAUGGAAUUCGAGGAGGGGAUGUCAGAUACACGGUCCCGGGAAGAACUGGGAAAGAUUGGGAAACAGUCGAGUUUCUCCGGGAGCCUUGAGAUCAUUGAGGUAUCCUGACAGAUAAUAGACAUUAACAUUGCUGGAGGCAGAAGGAGCCCUCUUUAGAAGGACUAUGUCUGUAUCACAGACUGUCUAAAGACUCUUACUGAGGGAUGGACAAACACUCUAACAGAGACAAUGUGCUGGUUACCUGACCACAACCUUCUGAACUCUCUCACAGUAGUGAAGGGUGGGCUAUAGGAACCGACCCUCUGCGGUCAAAGGGCCCAAAGCCUGUGUUGUGUUGCAUCCUUAUCGAAGAAUAACUUAACAUGGAGCACGGACACAAACAUCCUGUCUCUAGUCAAGUGCAAAGUGGGUCCGAUGGGUAUGCAACUCAUGAUCUGAACCAAGCGUCCCGCAUUACCCCAAAGCGUCCACCGGUUCGGUGUCCAACAGCCUCAAAUGCUCCUAACGUCCUUGUCCAGUUUAGUCCAUCUGCAACAUCAUCUUCAGAGCGCAUGUCACUGCAGCACAAGGAAAACGGACAGCAUUCUGAUCCCCGCAGUGCAUCCAAAACAAAGACAAGGCCUCAGCUCACCUGCACUACCACCAGUGAGCCUACAGCACAGUGACGCUGGCUCGCUGGUUGCCAGCCUUUGCGGCAUCAUCAGACAGGUUUCAGAUCACAUUGCUCCUUGUGGUCACCACUGAGCAUGUACCACAAAUGGCUGGCAACAGAAAGACUAAUAACUAUAUAUACAAUAUGAAUAUACUGUAUAUGUAUAGCAACUCAAAAGGACUUUCAUGUUCACUUUUUAAUUUAUUGGUCAUUCUGGUAAUGAGAUAUAAUAUAAUGUUUUGUGGAUUUAUUUCUUUUUUUUUGUUGACUUAUUAUUUUCUGUAUGAUAUUUAUGAACACUCAUACGAAUACAGUACAUACAUUUGUCGGAUUCAAGCAAGCAAUAUGUGCUGUUCCUUCUUUUGGGAGCGUGACAUAUAACUUGGAAAUGCACUUUUUAUGCUUUCUGGUAACCAAGUUCUAUUGUGGGACGGCGCAGUGAAAUCUGAAAAGAAGUCUGUGAUUAUGGCUUUAACACAUGAGCGUUUUGGCCAUUACACUGGGAGGGCCAUGCAUAACAACACUUCUUGAUCAACCAGUUGCCCUCUCAAAGCCAAUUCCAGUGUGUCCCACCAAAGCGCAAUGCAUCACACACACACACACACCCUAUACUGUAUGCACUUAUUUCUACACAGGCAAAGCUUAGGCCCUCAAACACAUACGCACACACACCUUUUUCUGUCCUUCUCAGGGGAUCUUUCAGUGAGCCAAACCCAGCACAACACAUGGAAUUCUCUGACAUCUAGCGCUUUUAUUUCACCCUUUUGCUUUAAUUAAAAACAACAGUUAAAAAAAAAAAAAACAACAUGUUGCUCUCCUGGUGCGAGAUGCUUAUUUAUUCAUCGUGUACACCGUGUUGUCCUUUGACCCUUGACUUGCAUUUGACCUUGUGCUGCUACAACUUCUGAUAGAUUCCUUUUGUUUGCCCAAGGCUCAAUCAAGCUCCUGAAUCCCUCCUCCAUGUUGUUUUUAAAAUUGUUGUUCGGAUUAUUUAUAUGUAACAAAUAUGAUGCAGGCUGUCCCAUUUGCUAAAUCUGUUAUUGAAUUUCUAUAUUGUUAUUAUUAUGAGUAAGUGGUUGUAAAUAGCAACACAUGGAAGAACACUGAGUUUUUAAGUGAAAAAUCCUGAUACCUAGGCUGCUUGAUGCUAAGAUUACCUCAGGUUCCAUUGAAAGGCUUUUCCUUCCCCUGUAAAUGUUUUGUGAAAAUGAGACAAAAUACAGAC